GUUCCAAGAAAUGGUCAUUGACAUUCGUUUGACGUGCAGUCGGCGUAUCAUAGCGGGUUUCUGUUUCCUGAGCUAUUUUCUUGGUAAACACGCGGAAAGCAAACAAAUUCCGUAAUUUCCGUCCUCUGUGUACUGUAGAGCAGCUAAUUUCAUACUGUAUAUGCGUAUUUUCUACUCGGCUGCAUAUCGUUUAUUCACUACUACAAUGGAAACGAAGUCUCCAUACUUCUCACCGCGCAAAACGCGAAAUUACGCCAAGAAAGAAGGCUUAACUCUGCUGCAGAAAGCUACCCAAGGGCUCAACCCGCAGGAAAAGCAUGCUUCCGGGAAGAAACCACCGGCACGCGGGUUCAAGGCCAAGGACGAAAGCAACAGUGCGGCGAAUGGUGUCGCACAAGAGAAACCUAUCAAAAAGGUGAUCAAAAAGCGUGCAACCAAUAUCCGCACCGACGCACUCGCUGUUGUAAAGAAUGAAAUUGUUAUAAAAGAAAAGUCUGACGAAACAGUCGUAGCACCGCUGCAGGGGAAUGAAAAGACGCCCGAAAAGCAGCCAGACACAAACGGCGAUGUCGAAGGUGGGAAUGAAAUGAUGAGCACUAGCAGUGCAACAUUACCGGAGACAGAAGUCAAAAUUAAAGUCGAGCCUGUAGACGAUAUUGAAACGGCACCACAGCUAACCAGUUCCGUGCUGGAGAAAACUCCGAUCAAACGCGAGCCAGCAGGGGCUGACCAUUCUCCUAUCAAACGAGAGCUCGAAAACGGUAACACUGAUGACUCAACCGUCGCCAAAGAGUCCAAGUGGGAGCCCGAAAACUGGCGUCAGAUGAUGGAAAACAUUCGCGAAAUGCGCAAAGCCCAUCUGGCCCCGGUCGACACGAUGGGUUGCGAUCAGUUCACACAGGACCCCGGUGCCACGGAAGUGCCGGAUCGUGUGAAACGCUACCACUGUCUGGUGUCGCUGAUACUGUCGAGCCAAACGAAGGACAAAGCGAACCACGAAUGUAUGCUGCGGCUGAAGAAGCACGGUCUUACGCCGGAAUCGAUCGUUGCCACCGACAGUGCUGUGCUGCAGAAGCUUAUCUAUCCUGUCGGAUUCUAUAAGAACAAAACUCGCUUCAUCAAGGAGAUGUCCCAAAUUUUAAUCGACCAGUACGGAGGAGACAUUCCCAACAGCAUCGAAGGUUUGCUCAAGCUGCCGGGUGUGGGUACAAAAAUGGCCCAUCUUUGCAUGCGCAGCGCCUGGAAUAUUGUGACCGGCAUCGGUGUGGAUACGCACGUGCACCGCAUCGCCAACUGGCUGAAGUGGGUGCCGAAGGAAACGAAAAAUCCUGAAAAUACGCGCCAAGCACUGGAGAAAUGGUUACCGUACGAGCUGUGGGAUGAGGUGAACCAUCUGCUGGUCGGUUUCGGACAAACCAUCUGCACGCCGCGCUUUCCGCGCUGCAAUGACUGUUCGAACGCGCCAAUCUGCCCGGCACGUGGCCAACAGAAGAUACGCAGCACGCCGAUCAAGAAGGAGGUCAAGAUGGAGGAUUUGGAGUUUUGAACCGGAUCUUUUUUCCGUUGAGAUUAAAUUACAAUUUUUAAAUCACUUUUUUUUACAUCACCUUCCAGUACAAACAGAACAAAGUUCUUUCCGUGUGCAUGAAAAAUAAGCGUUCAAAAACAAA